AUUAGGGUUAGCUGCCAAAAUUUUGUGGCGUGCGGCCUGUCGUCUAAUUCCGAUUACAAAUAUCUAAAUCGAUCACAACAUUAACGCUUUGGCCUUUACCCACUUGACAACCUUACUUCCUACAUUUCCACGGCCAAACGACUGAAUUGCCAAAUUUCGCGUCACGAAAGUGUAUCGUUUUUUCGCUAAAAAGUGAAAAGAGAAUCAUGUCGACGUCGAAGAAGCUUAGCUCUGCCGCUCUGCCGCACCUUCUUCGCCGGAGAUACUUCCCGUCAACGACUUGUCCUCCACCGCUUCAUGAUGCUCGCUCACCGUUUCAACUCUGCUCUUCCUUCCCUGUCUCGAACUCAGCCGUCGAGCGCUCUAGCUCCUCUUUUGGCAUCGCUCGCUUUCUCCAGAACCCUCGGGUAUUUCCUAGAAACUACUUCUGCUCUCAAUCUUCGGGGGAAUUUAGCAACGUCAGGUGCUGGAACUGCGAUGCCCAGCCUGAACCAGGUCUAUUUCUUGUUUGCGAUUCAUGUGGUGUCAUCCAACCUGUCGAUCGCUCCCUGGAUUAUUUCCGUUUAUUUGGGCUAGAGAAGAAGUAUGAGAUUGGGGAUGCUCAUUUGCAUGAUAAUUACAAAGACUGGCAGAAGAAGUUGCAUCCUGAUUUGGUUCAUUCGAAGUCCGAGAAAGAGAGGGAUUUUGCUCGAGAACAGUCGGCUAGAGUGGGUGAUGCAUAUCGCACGCUGAUCAAUCCUCUCCUUAGAGCAAUGUACAUCAUGAAAAUUGUGGGUGUGGAUGUAAAUGAAGAAGAAACAAUAUCAGACCCAGACCUGCUAGUUGAGGUUAUGGAGAUCAGAGAAUCUGUUGAAGAGGCACCAGACUCUAAAGCUCUAAACAAGAUUCAGUCUCAGCUACAGGAAAAAAUAGAUUUGUGGUCUAAAUCUUUUGCAAAUGCAUUUGAAAGUAAGAGCUUCGAAGAAGCUAAAGAUUGCAUCCGGAGAAUGACCUAUUAUGAACGUGCAAUUGAAGAAAUAGUGAAGAGACUCUGAAAGGUACUCCUAUUAUAGUUUACAUCAUUUAAAGAUGCAACAUUCUUAAGAGAUCAUGACUAUCUGCAAAGGAUUCUACUUUCUUCACUAAAUACUGUUUAUGUACGAAGAUUCUCUUCAUCUUUGUAAAUUAUCUAUAAUUGUAAAGCAAAUGAAAGGGUCGCACAAGUAAAUAGAAAUAUUUGUUACUGUGGUGGCAAGCCAAAUUCUUUUCAAUCGAAAUGUGUAUUGGUUUUCAAUAUUUAGUGGGUCAACAUGGAAUGUUAAGUCAUUGUGACAUUGUUUCAGGGGAUAAAGCUGUAGAUGCUUUAUGGCAUUAAUUUCGAGAUAAGAAUACAGAAAAGUUCACUGGGUGGUCACUAUUUGUGAACCAACUUCUCCAAUUCAUUUUCCAUUUUGUAGUCAAAUGUAUCAAAUUUCCUGGUUGUUCCUAAUGUUUACAUGUCAGCAGUUAGAACCCUAUAACAAGGGUUGACAAAUGACAAUCUAGACUGGCAUAAAAGGUCUGGAUACUUUCAGUUUGCAUGAUGAGGAUGGAAGACUCUGUUUAUCAAAUAUUAGUUUUUGUGUCCAUGAUGAAUGGUCACGUAACAUUUGCUGCUAAUUUUCAGGCCUUUUACAAUGCAUAUACCGUUGUGGCAUGCUCAACAGAAUCAUUCCUACUAUCAUUAGCUACUAACUUGAAGAACCAGAGGCGACUUACUCCCGAGUGACACGUAAGUAUAAUUGAAAUGUUCCUUUUAUACUCGGCCAGAAGCUUGUAAAUUUCUCUUCAUUUGCUGGUUUCGUAUGUUCAUGUUGACCCAAACUUCCAUUAAACUGUCCCUUUUCUCGUUGAGGGCCAUAGACUUGAAGCUUUUCACAGAUUACCAUUAACCAACGGUAGUUGCAUUCUGCCCGUCACUUUAGCAAGCAGUUAUGCUAUUAUUGUAUGCAUGUUAGGAAGGAUUCUGAUUGCCCGUCAGUCAUCUUGAUCUAACAGACUUUGUUUUCCUCUAAUAUAGUCAAAAAAAAAAUCUGUAACUCCUAGCAUUGGAUGUUGAAUAUCUUUAAUCUGUACUUGACUCCUGCUUUUCUGCUCAUUGCAUGCUGUUUUCAGGCAACACGUAAAUGCAGCUUCCAAGACAUCAAGAUCAGCGUGCCUGACACUCCAAAAUCAGAACCCUUAUGCUUGAGCUUCAUCUGCUGACUUUUCGCCCCUGAACCUUAGCUUGAACUAGGGAGAUGGUUGCGGGGCCUUGCGGAAGUACAAUGCUGAUGGUACCAAGUUGAAUUGUGUAAUGAUAUUAAUAGCCACAGCAUCGAGCUGAACUGCAUGUUCUUUGUAUGGGAGAGGGAAAUACCAAAUAAUUUAGCUUUUGGUGGUUUAAUGUUGAAGGGAAGACAAAAUAAAAGAGCAACUCUGGCCCAUGCUAUACUUGUCUUGUUUGCUGUUUAGGUUGGCCUAUUGGCUAUUAUGGACCGGUUGAGAAGCAUAAUACAGAACCUGAAAUGCU